CUGCAGCUGUAAGAUGCUGCUGGAGCAAGAAUAGAUCAGAUCAGAGCAUCCACACCAGCACAUCUCCACAACGCUGCCUAAAACAGGAAGCAGACCGGCUUGAAAAAACUGCCCUCGAUUAAUAGAGAGAGAGAAAGAGAGAGAGGAGGGGGAGGUACCAUCCUCCAGCAAUCAGUGUUUUCACACGGAAAGCUCCAGCGCUCCCUUUCCCGUGCUUUCAAAAGGAAAUAAAGGACAGCUGAUCUUUUCCUCCCUGGAUAAUAUGCGCUCACUUUCACACAUGAAGGGCACAAAGAAAGACAAGGCAUGUGAUGCACACAAUGGCUCAAUUUAAGGAUGUAGCGUUGAAGAAGACCACGUCUCUAAAUCUGGUGACGGGAUUCUUUCAGUACCUCCGCGAUGAACAAGAGGCGGUUCAGAAACGAACAUUCACAAAGUGGAUUAAUUCUCACCUGGCCAAGCAUAAACCUCCGUUAGAAGUCAAUGAUCUUUUCGAGGACAUCAAGGAUGGGGUGAAACUCUUGGCUUUGUUAGAGGUGCUGUCUGGACAGAGAUUACCAUGUGAACAAGGCAGACAGCUGAAAAGGAUCCACUGGGUGUCCAACAUUGGAAAUGCAUUAAAGUUUCUGGAGGGCAGACGGUCUGUAUACAGAGGAUCUCCGAUUAAACUAGUCAACAUAAAUGCCACUGACAUUGCUGAUGGACGACCAUCUAUUGUCUUGGGGCUGAUGUGGACAAUUAUCCUCUACUUCCAGAUUGAGGAGUUGACCAGUAAUCUGCAAGCCCUCCAGGCUUUAUCCAACAGCGCAUCUUCUGUAGAUAGCAUGGCCGGCUCUGAGACGGGCAGUCCACCCAUGAAACGGAGAGUCACCAAGUUUCAGGGCAAUGCCAAAAAGGCCAUGCUCAAGUGGGUCCAGACCACAGCAACAAAUCGUAUGGGAAUUGAAGUGAAAGACUUUGGUCCCAGUUGGCGUAGCGGUGUGGCUUUCCAUUCAGUCAUACAUGCCAUUCGACCAGAACUCGUCAAUUUGGAUCUCGUGAAAACAAGAAGUAAUCGUGAAAACCUGGAGGAAGCUUUCAGCGUGGCUGAAAAUGAGCUCGGUAUACCACGUUUAUUGGAACCUGAAGAUGUGGAUGUGGACAAACCGGACGAGAAGUCCAUCAUGACAUACGUAGCGCAGUUCCUCAAGCACUAUCCCGACCCUCAUCAGACUGAGGCUGAUGGACAACAAGAUGAGUAUGACCCACAAGAUAUUGAGCUAAUGCUUGAGAGAGAGGAGAGGAAGGUGCUGAGGGAGGUGAAGGUUUGGUUGGAUCAGCUGGAGAGAGAUAUACUGCGUUUACAGGGUUCUGAAGAGAGCCUCGCUGACAAAUAUCAGACCUUUAAGAAUUUCCGUGUGCAGUAUGAGAUGAGAAAGAAACAGAUCGAGUCUUUGCUGCAGCCGGUACACAGAGAUGGAAAACUAUCAGUGGAUCAGGCCGUCGUCAAACAGUCCUGGGAUCAGCUGUCUGUCAGGCUCUUAGAUUGGCACAUCCAUCUGGAUAAAUCUCUGCCCGGUCCACUGGGAGUGAUCGGAGCCUGGCUGCAUCGUGCUGAACUUUCCCUAAGAGAGGACAUACCCAUUCAACAAGCUCACGAGGAGACGGCCAACAUCAUCCACAGAAAACUGGAACAUCAUAAGGAGGUGCUGAAGAAUUUGGAGGGACACAGACAGACGUUCCAGCAGAUUCACAGAGACAGAUCUGUUAAUGGGGUUCCAGUUCCACCCGAUCAACUUCAAGACAUGGCAGAAAGAUUUAAUUUUGUGUCCACAUCAUCUCAUCUACAUCUGAUCAAACUUGAAUUCUGGGAGAUGAAAUAUCGCUUAAUGGCUUUUCUCAUCCUGGCGGAGUCAAAGCUGAAAUCUUGGAUCAUUAAAUACGGCCGACCGGACUCAGUGGAGCUCCUUCUGCAGAAUUAUAUUGCAAUUAUUGAAGGCCAUAAAUUCUUUGAGCAAUACGAAACCACCGUUCGGACUCUAAAACAAGCUGCGGAGACGUACAUGAAGUCUGGAGCUACCGCUGAGGAGUGUGAGGGUGUGAAUAAGUUUCUGAGCGAUGUGACGGCACAGUGGAAGAAUCUGUCCGUGGAGAUCCGCAGUGUGCGCAGUAUGCUGGAUGAAGUGAUCUGUAACUGGGAGAAAUACAGCAGCACGGUGGCCAGUCUACAGGCCUGGCUGGAGGACGCUGAGAAGAUGCUCAACCAUUCAGAGAGCGACAAGCGGGAGUUUUUCCGAAAUCUUCCGCACUGGAUCCAAACGCACAUGGACAUGAACGAUGCUGGAAACUUCCUGAUCGAGACGUGUGAUGAGACGGUGUCCCGAGAACUAAAACAGCAACUGCUUCUUCUCAACGGCAGAUGGAGAGAGCUGUUCGUCAAAGUCAAACAUUACGCAAGAGCAGAUGAAGUGGACAAACUGAGAAAAGAUUACGAAGAUGGAAUUGAAGCUUUGAAAGUGUUUAUUGACACAGCCAAUGAGAGGAUGAAUACACCAGUUCAAGUGUCGUUUCUGAACAUCAGGACGUAUCUACAAGAUGUUGAGGACAUCAAGCACAAAGUUCCUUCCAUGGAGGCUGCGUAUAAAACGGCCACACGUAACGCGCAGCAGCUGACCAAAGACCUUUCAGAGGAGGAGAUCGCGCAGAUGCUGGCUGCCAUGGCAACCAUUAAAGAUGAGCUUUGCAAGAUAAGAGAGAGAGCUCUGCCCGUGCUGAGGGACUCGCAGGCCAUGCUGCCUCCUUUAGAAGAAAUGGAGAAACAUAUCACCGGGUUUUACCAGUCGCUGGAGAAGGCCAGUCGCAUCACUUCCUCCCGGGACUCUGAAGCGCCGGGAGAUUUCAAGCAGAAGUGUCAGGAGCUGGUUACGUAUCAGCAGAGCUGUAAAAAGUGUCUGUCAGUGAUUGAUAAAAACCAUCAGGUCAUUUCGAAAUCUUUGGACACCAGUAAGAACCUAAAACAUCUGGACACAUCACUGCUGGAGAAGAGAAUAGCUGAGCUUCAGACUUCUUCACAGGCCAUGGUGAAAGAGACCACAGAGUGGAAGAGACAUGUGGAGGCAAACAGCAGUCUGAUGAAGAGGUUCGAAGAGUCUCGUGUGGAGCUGGAGAAGAUUUUAAAAAUAGCCGGCAGCUCCAUGACGGAGAAAGGAAACCCAGAGGACCUUCUGAAAAAGCACACGGAGUUCUUCGGGCAGAUGGAUCAGCGAGUUCUCAACGCAUUUCUCAAAGCCUGCGAUGAGCUCACAGAUAUUCUGCCAGAGCAAGAACAGCAGAAUCUGCAGGAAACAGUCAGGAAAUUGCACAAACAGUGGAAGGAUGUUCAAACAGAGAUUCCCUUUCACCUGCUGCGCCUAAAGGUGGAGCUGGAGAAGAGUCGCCUGAUGACAUCACUGCAGGAGUGUCAGUCCGAAAUGGCCCGUGAGAACCGCAGUCUGCCAAGUGCGGGCAGCGAGAGAUUAAUCAAAGAACACAGGAUGUUCUUCAAGGAGAAAGGCCCACAGGCUCUUUGUGAGAAGAGAUUACAACAUAUGGAAGAACUCUGUACGAAGCUUCCUGAGAGCGAUCAGGCCCACCAAACCUUGGAGAGCUCUAGAACGGCAUUAGCUGAGCUCAAAGAGGAGAUCGAGAGCACACAUCAGAAACUCAUGCAGCACCCUGAUAAAUGGAAAGAGUUUAACACCAGGUUUUCUGAACUCUCUGCUUGGGUCGCAUCGAAGGAAAGUCAACUCAGACUACUGCGAAACCGAGCUGGAGACCCCAGCAAGUUCGGCCAGGUCAAAUCUACAAUCGAGAGUCUGAGGAACGACGCUGAACUUCAGGAGGGGAACGUGAGUUGGCUAAAGACGCGUCUGGCCGCUCUGAUAGAGGUUUGCACACAGAGUGACGCCCAACGGCAGGCAGCCGCUCUCAGCAAACUGUCCACUGACUUUAAAGGUCUCCUGACAUCCCUGUCUGAGUCAGAGAAAGUCGUGCUGGCGGUUGGUGACUGUGCCCAGUUCAGAGAGGAUGUUAAAACUACACUAGAGGAGCUGACCCAGGGUCAGCGGGAACUGCAAUCAGAGGCCACCAAGAUUCUCGAAUCUGAAUCUGUCAGAGAAGCUCAACAACUAUUGCUGCUUUAUCAGCAACAAUUAAAGCGUCAGCGCUCAAAGAGGAAGGAAAUGCAGGAGCAGAUCAAUCGUGGAAAGCAGAUCCAGAUAGAGGAGGGUCUGGAGGAGAGCUUACAGGAAGACCUGCAAAACCUGGAGACCACCCUGAGCAAAAUGGAUCAAGGCAUCGAAUCACAGGAACACAACCUGGAGGUGACUUUAGCUGCUUGGCAGGAGUUUGACAGUCAGCAGGCUGCAGUGAAAGAGUUUGUGGGUAAAGUGCGAUCGGUCACAGAGAGAGAGAUGAUCUUCAGCAGUCCAGAAAGUCUGGCCACAGACCUGGAACAAAGCAAGGAUCUUCUGAAACAGAGCGAAAGCGAGUCCAAACAGGUGAACGCACUUCUAAAGAGGGCUGCCGACAUCCAACUGGGUCCCAAAAAUCAGUCUCUUCUUCAGGACCAAGCACAUGCUUUGAGUGAACAAGUGGACAAAGUUGAGGCUGACCUCAGGAGAGAUGUGACGACAUUGGAGGGCACGAAAGCUCAAUGGGAUUCAUUUGGGAGCGAGUUUGAAGCGUUUUCAAUGUGGAUAACAGAGAGAGAGCGAGAACUGGAUGUUUUAAAAACCUCUAAUGCCCCGCUGGAACAGCAGAUUCUUACUGUAAAGACGAUCAGAGAUGGGCUACAGGAGAGAGCAGAAGUCCUCUCCAGACUGGAGGAAAAGUCUCAAGCACUUGUCCAGUUUAUGUCCUCGGGCGAGUCUGCACGAAUCAAAGCUCGCUUGACACAAAUCGGGAGGUACUGGGAGGAGCUUAAGGAAAGCGUUGAACACCUGAACGGCCAGUUAGAAGAAACCUCUUCCCAACAGAUGAAGUUUAAUGCCAAUCUUCAACAGAUACAAGGUGAGGUCGAAGACAUCCAGAAGAAACUCGACAGCCCGGUGACUUCAUGCAUCUCCUCAUCCGAGACCUACAAAACUCUGCAGGAACACAUGGAUGUGUUUCAAUCCCUGGAGAAGGUGAAGGCCACCCUGCUGUCUCUGUCUGCUGGAUCUCGCAGGCUCAGCGAGAGGGAAGCGUCAGAGAGAGCCGUGGCAACUCUACAGCAAACUUACGAGCAGUGUUUAAAACAGGCCAAAGAUAAACAGAACCAAAUGGAGAACCUUCUGUCACUUUGGCAGAAGUAUGAGAAGGAUUGGUCUGCCCUGCAGUCUUGCCUCGAGCGAUGCGAAUGUGUUUCCAGCUCGGAGAUUCAGCUUCUCCCUGUCGACAAACUAAAGCUGGAUGGAGAGCUCCAGGAACUCAAACACCUACAGAGUGAACUUCAGUCGCUGGAGUCAGUUUACAAUCGGCUGAUAGCAGAAGAACAAAACCUUUGCUCUACUGCAUCAGACCAGCGGGUGAAGACCCUCAAAGAAGACCACAAACAGCUGGAGAACAGAUGGAGCUGUCAGACCGCCGCUAUACCGCACAGAAUACAAGUCCUCCAGAAUCAUCUGACUCAAGUGGAGGAGUUCGAUCAAACCCUGCAGAAGUUCUCCAAGUGGGCAGAGUCUUUCCUAUCAUCAUUACACUCAUCUUCUCAUGUUGAUAUCACUGAUCUUCAACCUUUCAGUAAUGACAUUAAGGAGACAAAAGAAGCACUGCAGAAGCAAAAUGUUGUAAAACAGGAUCUUGAGCACCAGACUAAAACCCUUUGUGACGUCUGUGAGCCCGCUGAGGUUCAACAGCUUCAGGGAAGAUGGGAGAGCGCUCUGCAGCCUUACCUGGAGGCCGAGCAGCUGGUCGAGCUACGAGGUGAGAGUCUGGAGAAGUUAGAAGUUUUCCUACACACCCACGGUGUGGCGGCCGGCGUCCUCCGAGGCCUCAGACAAACCGUGGAGAGCGCCGGGAGCUGGGACAAGAGCCGCGUGGACGAGCUGCAGCGAGACCUGGAGGCCAUCGUUCCUGACAUCGGCCGCCUGGAGACGCUAGCUGUGAACCUGGACGGUUGUCUCUGUAAAGCUCAUCUUCACCUGAUCAACGGGAAAGAGGGUCGCACCUCGUACCGCUCGCUGGCUGACUCUUUGAACGCUGAGCUGGACGCCGUGAGAAACCUGCUGGGCUCGAAACAGAGCGAAGCUGAAGCCCUGGGUGCUCUGUGGAGCUCAUUCAGACAACGCAAAGAGCAGCUGCUCAAAACUGUGGAGGACAUUGAGGAGAAAGCAGAUCAACAGUGCCUGAAAGAGCCAAAUGUUCUUACUCUACAGCAGAGACUCCGCUUCUUUAACCAGUUGGAGGAUGAGCUUCAGUCCCAUCAGCAUGAAGAACAGUGGCUGAGGGAUAAAGGUCAUCAGCUGGCACAGAGAGAUGCAGAGCUCGGCGGUGAGGUUCUGAGAGAGAUCAACCUUCUUCAAACCACUUGGGAAGAUACCAAAAAACUCAUCUCUGAAAGGCAAGAACAGAGCAGUGCUUUGGUUGAGCUCAUGAAAGACUAUCACAGUCUGAAGUCUUCAAUAAACACGAUACUAGAGAGCGCUGAAGCUAUCACUGAUAUUAAAGCUGCAUUAAAAGACCAGGAGGACACCAGGAGAUGCCUGUUGAAGCACGAAGCUGUGAAAGCAGAGAUGGCCAGUAACCAGGAUACGCUCGAGCGUUUCUCCAGUAAAGGAAAGCAGCUGUUGAGUGAAUUAAACCGGAUUCCUGAUUGUGACAACCAAAUUGUGAAGACGGAAAUGGACGCCACAGUAGAUCAGUGGCUGGAUGUGUCUGAGAAAAUCGAGGACAAUCUUGAAAAUCUCAGAAGGAGCUCGGCUUUGUGGUUGGACAUCUAUGACAUCAGCGCAGAAAUAGAAAGCUGGUCCAACAUCUCUAUUAUGGAUCUUACUGAUGGACUGAAUAACUUCAAUGACAGCCAGAAAACUGAAAAUAAACUAUGUGAAGUCAAGGUGGAUGUUGGCCUGAAGGAAAAGAAGAUAAAUACUUUACAAGAGAAAGUAUUAGAGCUGAAAGAACUGGCUGGUGCUCAAGAAAUCCCUGCUAAACUGCAGGUCAUGGAGACGGACCUCAGAAGGAAAAUAAGCAACACAGAGGAGUUAUGUGAUCAAGCCAAGAACAACCUUCAAGACUUCUGCUCUCAGAAGAAGCAGCUGGUAGAUUUCCUCUCCCAGAUGACCGAGUGGUUGAAGAACGUUGAGAGGUCUUUGCUGGAUUCACCGUGUGAAACCGCUCCAGAAGAGAUCUGUAGAGUGAAGGAGAUCCAAAAGGAGCUCCAGAACCAGCGGACGAGCAUCGACUCAGCCCGGGAAAGCCUGAACGCGCUCUGCAGAAAAUACCCAUCAGAGGAGCUGGCCGCUCUGGGUUCAUCCCUGACAGAUCUGAUCAAAAAAUAUGAAACCGCCAAUCAGCAGUGUGUUAAAAAACUGGGAUCCUUACAGCUCGGCCUGCAGCAACACUUCAACGAUCUUGUCAAGGAGUUUCACACAUGGCUGUCUGGACAGAAGGAAAUCGUGAGAGAAUGCUCCGAUCAUUCUGGAGACAUGAGCCUAGUAGAUCGUAAACUGCAAAAACUAAAAGGAGCUCUGGAGCGCGUGGAGGAUGGAGACUGUCGUCUUACCCAUGUUUGCACCGAGGGUGAGAAGCUUCUUCUGCAUCUCCCCAAAGCCAGCGGAGCACAGGUCCAGCAGAACCUCUCCUCCAUACAGCAGGACUGGGAUGGCUACGUGGAGCAGUGUAAGCAGAAUCAGCAGAACCUGGAGGACAGUGCCAGCCUGCUCAGCGGCUUUGACAGUCGUCUGCAGAGAUUGACCCGGUGGUCGGAGCGAAUGGAUGUGAGGUUGAGCACAGAGCUGCCCGAGGGGAGACACAGCGACCAGGAGAAAGCAAUGCUGGAGCGCGUGGAGGAAUUUCAACAUGAAGUGCUUAAAGAGAGAGAUUCAUUUGAGAGUCUGUGUCAGGAAGCUCAGGCUCUCAGUGAAGGAGGACACGGUAGUGGGGCGGAGCUGCGGGCGUCUGCGCAGCUGCAGCUGCAGCAUCAGGCUCUACUGAAGGCAGUGAGGGAGAGGCUGCGCUUCUGUCAGACGAGUCUGCACGAGCAGCAGAACUUUGAGGAGAUGCUGCAGGGCACGUGGGGUUGGCUGAGCGCCGUUCAGGAACGACUCAAUUCACUUAACAGCACCAGCGGAAAUAAAGAAACUCUGGAGAAAAGACUCGGACUGGUGCAGGACAUUUUGCUGAUGAAAGGCGAAGGAGAGGUGAAGCUUAACAUGACAGUGGGGAAGGGAGAGCAGGUACUGAAGAACUGCAGUCGAGAUAAACAGGAGGUCAUUCGAUCGCAGAUGAAGAGUCUAAAGGAUUCAUGGGCCAACAUCCUUAUGACUGCGAUGAGCUGUCACAGUCGUCUGGAGUGGACGGUGGCUCAGUGGUCCAGUUUUCUGGAGAGUAAAGCUCAGCUCCAGCAGUGGAUGGAGAUGGUGGAGCAGGAGGUUGGUGUAGCUCUGCCUCAGCAGCCUGGCCUGAAGGAGAAGUCCUCGAUGCUGGAGCGUCUUCAGGCCAUACAGGCCGACGUAGAGGUCCAUUCUUCAUCUCUGACCUGUCUGAACGAGAAGGGUACAGAGCUGUAUGAAAAGACAGGAGAUCAGACCUUUGCCGAAGGACAGAAAUCUGAGUUCAAUACCCAGUUCACAAACAUGACAACGCUUAUUAAGACUAAAGUACAGCAGAUGGACGAGGUCGUCAAAGAACACGAGCAGUAUGUGGAAUCAGUACGUGACCUCAACGACUGGCUCACCUCAGCUAAAGAAGAGCUGCAGCGUUGGUCCGACAUGUCCGGAGAUGCAGCAUCUGUUCAGAGGAAGCUCUCCAAAGUCAGAGAGCUGUUAGACUCCAGGAAGUGCGGACGCGAGCGGCUGUCGCGGGUGCAGCGGUGCGGGGCGGCCACGCGGGACCACACGUCCACGGUGGGAUGUGAGGUGCUGGAGAGAGAAGAGGCCGGGCUGCUGUCGGCCUGGGAGCAGUGGGAACGCGGAGCCAAACACGCGUGCUCCGGUCUGGAGGGAGUUCUGGAUCAGAUGGCCAACUCUGAGCAGGAGUUUAACAGUCUGGCUGCGCAGCUGGAACAGAACCUGCAGGAGUUCAGCGGCAAGCUGUGUGAGUGCCGGCAGAACCUGCAGCAGGUGGAGGACAUGACGUCUGGCGAAGAGGCCGUGCAGGGCUGGCAGAUAGCAAAGGACACACUGGAAGCUCUUCUGAAUGUCGAGCCCAUGUCUGAUAACCUGAAGUCUCAGCUGAAUGACCUAUGCCGCUUUUCAAGAGAUCUUGGAGCUCAAUCUGAGAGAGUAUCCAACCUCAUCAAAGAGUAUAACAGUCUGAGUCUCCAGGCGUCCCGAGAGUGUCAGGGAAAGGAGAAACUUCUGGAGCAGAAAUUUCGUGCAUGUUUUCGAGACUUCCAGCAGUGGCUGGUCAAUGCCAAAAUCAACACAGCUAAAUGUUUCGAUGUGCCCCAAAACCUUGCAGAAGCAUCAUCUAGCCUGCAGAAGAUACAGGAGUUUGUGAGUGACCGAGAACAAGGCCACGGGAAACUGAACGCCGUUGCUGGCAGCGGAGAGCUACUGAUGACCAUCACUGCUAAAGACAGACUGGAAUCCAUCAGAGCAAAAAUCAACACAACCAGAGAGGACUGGAAAACACUCAUGACAAACCUGCAUCAGCGAGAAAAUGCUUUACAGAAUCUUCAGGCUCAGAUGAGAGACUUUGAGACGAGUGUCGAGCCUCUACAGGAUUGGUUGAAUGAGACUGAAGAAGCUGUGCAGGAGAGCAGCAGUCGACUUCAUGACCUCACAGCCAAGAAACAGGAGCUGCACAGGUUACAGUCUCUGCUAGAGGAACUUGCCUCUAAGGAGUCUCAGCUGCACAGGUUGAGAGAGAAGGCCCAGAACCUGUGGGACGGACACAUGGCCGGAAAGGGCUUUGUGCACCGUGUCUCGCAGCUCUCAGCGCAAUAUCUAGCUUUAAGCAAUCUGACCAAGGAAAAAGCCUCACGAAUCGAUCGGAUCGUGUCCGAGCACCAGCUGUUCUCUCAGGGCCUGAAAGAGCUGCAGAAUUGGAUUGCUGACACCAGUCAUAUGUUACAAACCUACUGCACUCCGACCGCAGACAAGAACGUUCUGGACAGCAGGAUGAUCAAACUCGAGGCUUUACUGACAGCGCGUCAAGAGAAAGAGAUACAGCUGAAGAUGCUGCUGACAAGAGGAGAGUCCGUACAGAGAAACACCUCGGCUGAAGGUGUACAGCUGGUCCGCCAACAAAUCGAAGAUCUCAGAGAUUCCUGGGAUGGGCUGCUGUCUGCAUCUAUUCAAUGCAAAAGUCAACUGGAGGGAGCUCUCUCACAGUGGACCAGUUAUCAGGAAGAUGUGCGUCAGUUUGUGAGCUGGAUGGAGACGGUAGAGGAGACUUUAAACUCUACAGACAAGCAAUGCUCAGAGAUGAGAGAUAAAACCACCAACCUGGGCAAGGCCAAAUUGCUGUAUGAGGACGUUGUAAGUCACAGUAGCGUUUUGGAGGUCAUAUCUAUGAAGGGCUCCAGCAUGGCUGAGCAUUACGUCACCCAGCUGGAGAUUCAGGACUUGCAGGAGCGCUACAACAUUGUCAAAGAUAAAGCACAGUGUGCUGUGGCCAAAGCUGAAGAGCUGGUGGCGGCCCACCAGGAGUAUCAGAGGAGCCUGCACGAGUUUAAAGAUUGGCUGGAACAACAACAGGAGACGUUGAGCUGCUACACACAGCUGGAAGGAGACGUAGGGACCCUGGAGGACACACUACGAAAAUUACAGGAACUGCAGGUGCACUGUACCAAGGGCCAGGCUUUGGUUAAUGCGCUCCUGGUGACCCGAGAGCAGGUUAUUCCCUGGGGAAUACCACAGCAAGAAGACAGAUGCCUGGAGACCGUCCAGCAGGAAUGGGGGUCGUAUCAAGCCCGGCUGGGUGAGACCCGAUCUCAGCUUAACAGCGCUUUGGCCAAACUCCGGCAGAUUGAGCAGAAGUUCCAGCGUCUGGACAACUGGCUGAAGGUGAUGGAGGGUAAAGGACAGCUGCGGUCCAGCCGUCGCUCAGACAGAGCGACAAAAGAGGCACAGCUUCAGCUACUCAAGGGCUGGCAUGAGGAGGUGUUGGUCUAUCAGGAGGAAAUCGAGGGUCUCGGUCUUCUAGCACAGCAGGUUUUAGAAGAGACGCCCAUCAGCAGCAGAGUCAGUUCAAGAGCUACACAACUCACAUCACGCUACCAUGCCCUGCUGCUGCACUUAAUGGACACAAUGAAACAGUUGAAGGAGGAAGUGUCUAGCAUUGAAGAAUCUCAGAGUGUCUUCUGCACCUUCUCUGAUUGGUUGAGCACAGCUCAGAAGAACUUUAGCAGUGUGACCACAACUACCAUCGAUGUGGUCGAUCGUGGUGCCCUGGAGAAGAAAAUGAAAAAACUAGAGGCUCUUCAGGGUGACAUGGAACUGGGCCACACCUUUCUAAAGACCAUGCGUGAAAAGACCGAUCGUGCCAUGACGUUCCUGGAGGAACCCGAAGGAGAGCAACUAAAGGAGGAAGUUGAUGCCCAACUAUCCCAACUGGAAAACUUGAUUAGAGCCCUGCGCUCCGAACUCGGUACCACUGAGAAAUCCAUACAGCUCUCCAAAGACUUCCUAGACAAAUAUAAAACUCAAAAGCAGUGGCUAACAGAGACAAAAUCACUCCUGGCUUCACCUGUGGAGCCAAAGGCUGAACUUUACCAGAAGAAAGCCCAGUUAGCUAAAUAUAAGACAAUCCAGCAGAGUAUACAAUCCCACGAGUCGGCAAUCAAAUCUGUUAUCGAGAAAGGAGAGGCUCUUCUAGAAACUAUCCGUGACCCGACUAUCAGUGAGAACAUCGGCAAGCUGAAGACAGACUAUCAAGACCUGUGCAAUGAUGCUAAGGUCCGUGUGCAAAGCUUGACGGAGAGCGUCAGAGAGCAUGAGGACUAUAACAGUGAACUGCAAGAAGUGGAGAAAUGGCUGCUACAGAUGUCUAGUCGGCUGGUCACCUCGGAUUCAAUGCAAGGCAGCAAUCUAGAGACAGCCACACAACAGCUAGCCAGACACAAGGCAAUAAUGGAGGAGAUAGCCGGCUUUGAGGAGCGUUUGACGAACCUGAAAGAGAAAGGUGAUCGUCUCACCAGUAGUUGUUCGGAGCAAAUCCAAGCCAAGGUCGGUCAACAGAUACAGGCGGAGCAGCAGGGAACCCGGGACAGUUAUUCAGCCAUCUGCAGCACGGCUCAGCGUAUGUAUCAGAGUCUGGAUCGUGAGCUUCAGAAACAUGUGAGCCAUCAGGACACUCUACAGCAGUGUCAGGCGUGGCUGUCCACCGUUCAGGAUGAGAUCCAGCUACAUGCACAAACUCCCUACGGCCUUCAGGAGGCAUUGAAACAGAUGAAGCACCUCAGAGCUUUGCAGGAACAGGCCAGCACAUAUCUGGACCUUGUGUGUUCAGUGUGUGACUUGUCAGAUGAGACUGUGAGAAAAACGGCUGCCAAAAUACAGCAAACUAAAUCUAUGAUUGAGGAGAAGAUGGCCACUUCUCAAGAGCUGUCAGACAGCUGGAGGGAGAUUAAGGAACAGAAGCAGGAAUUGUCAACGCUUUUCCAGGAUAUGGAACAGCAAUUGCAAAGUCUCUCCAGAAGACCUGCUGAACUAGAGAUCAAGAUCGCUCAGAAUAUGCUGGAUCAAGCCAAAGAAUUUGGCGAGCAGCUUCAAAGCAGACAAUGCACUCUGACUAAAAUGACAGAGCUUGUGAGUAAACUGACAGAUGGGAAAGAGUCUCCUGAGCACAUCGAGAUUGGUCGACUGAGUCAUGCAUGGCUGGAACUGUGCCAUGAGGCCAACAAACUGCAAACUCAAAGAGGGGAAGAUCUGCAGAGGACAAAAGAGUAUCAUGACUGCAUCUCUGCCAUGGAAGCCUUGUUUGAGCAGGUGUCCAAGGAAUGGGACAACCUGGCCAGAACUGAUGCCGAGAGCUCAUCUGAUCAUUUGGAAGCUCUCCGGAAACUCUCUGUUGUUUUGAAAGAAAAGAAAACCACUCUUGAGGACCUUAAAGACCAAAAGCAAAAGGUGAUGUACCACCUUAACCUGGAUGACAAAGAGCUGGUGAAAGAGCAGAUUGGCCACUUUGAGCAGCGGUGGGCCCAUCUAGAGAGCCUCAUUGAGAGGAAGAUCCAAGACUCCAUUGUGACCCUUGAAGACAUGGGUCAAGUUGAAGCACGUUUGAGGGAAGCUCGUGAGUGGGCCGAGGAACAGCAGCCCGCUCUGUCUGAAGCCAUGAAGAUGAGCCCUCCACCUGAGCUAGCGCAGAGUUUCCUCUUCGAUCAUCUGAGUAUAUGCAGCGAGUUGGAAGCCAAGCAGCUUCUCUUGGCCCAGGCUAUGGGUGAUGCAGACAGGGUUUUAGCACAUCUGGGACUAAAUGAAAGGCAACGACUUCAGCAAUUGAUUUCAGACACUCAAGCAGAGGUAGAGUUACUAAGCGUCAAAGUGGCUCAACGCAGAAAACACCUAAGUAAAGCCUUUACCGAAAGGACUCAGUUUUUGCUGGCUGUGAGUCAAGCUAUCACAUGGGUCCAACAAAAUGAGAAGAAAGCACAGGCUGACGAAUACAUAGCCCUACUUCCUGAUGACCUCUCUAAGCAGGUCAGAACUUGCAGGAACAUCCAGAGCAGCCUGAGAGCCUACCAGAGUGAACUGACCUCACUUUGGUCCCAAGGCAGAGACCUGAUGAAAGACGCCACAGAGGAAGAGAAAACAGAGAUGCUAAACAAACUACAGGAGCUGCAGAAUAUUUUUGAAGUUGCCCUUCAGAAGUGUAGCCAAAGACUUCAGGAACUGGAAAAAGUUCUGGUAUCCAGAAAAUACUUUAAAGCUGAUCUAGAGAAGAUAUGUCAGUGGUUGAAGCAAGCAGACAUUGUGACAUUUCCUGAGAUUAACCUUAUGAACGGAGAUGCAGAAUUAAGCUCACAACUUACAAAAUACCAACAAAUAUUGGAUCAGGCCAUGGAAUAUGAGAAUCUUCUGCUAACUGUGCAAAGAACAGGUCAGGAAAUACUUCCCACUCUGAAUGAAGUGGAUCAUUGUUAUUUGGAUGAGAAGUUAAUUGCUCUUCCCCAACAGUACAAUAAUAUAUUGACACUAGCCAAAGAGAAACAUGAGAAAAUACAGCAGGCCAUUCUUGCUCGGCAAGAAUAUGCCUCCUUUAUUGAUGUGACUCACAAAGCACUGAAAGAACUUGAGGAGCAGUUUCAUAACUUGGGGACACAGACUAUUGGUCUCAAGACGGAGGAAGUUGUCAGUCUACAGGCAGACUAUAAAGCACUACUGGAGGAACUGACCAACCUUGGGCAAGCCGUCAGCGAACUUAACCAGAAAAAAGAGGGUUUCCGUAGCACAGGUCAACCAUGGAGACCAGAAGAAAUGACCCAACUGGUCAGCCUUUAUAACGGACUCAAAAGAUUGAUUGAACAGAGGGUGGAACAUCUUGAAGAUACUUUGGAAUCAUUCGAAGACCAUCAAGCCAUGGCCAUGCAGGUUGACUCAGAGCUGAAAGCCACCAAAGAGCAACUUGUGAAAGUCAAUGCAGAGACACAGUCAGCUGAGGAAAGACUGAAGAAUUAUCAUGCCCUGGCUGCCAGCCUUCAAGGUGCCAACUCUCAACUCACCCGACUCAUGGAGCAGAUGGAUAAUCUGGCAUCUCAAAUGGAUCCAAAAGCACAUGAGGCCUCAAAGCACCGGGUGACUUCCUGGCAGGAUGAGCUGCAGUCCUUGCAGUCGGCAGUAGGGGAACUGAUUGUUGAAUGUGAGAACAGGUUUGUACAGAGUAAAGACUUUGAAACUGAAGUCAAUCGGACCUUAACUUGGCUACAGCAAAUCAGAGAUGAACUUGGUUCUGAGGUGGUGGUAGAUGUUAAGGUUGAGAAGGUCCAGGAGGAAAUAAGGAAGCAACAGAUCAUGCAAGAAGAAGUGCUGUCAAGGUUGAGGAUAGUGGCAGCUCUAAGCACCAGAGAGAAGCAGAAGUACACCAAUGCCAAUGAGCUCGUCCCUGCUCAUGUUGACUCGAGUUUACAAGAGAUGGCCCAACUAGAGGCAGAUGUUCAACGUGCUCUCAGCUCUAAACAGAUUACUUUAGAGCAAGCACUUGGCUUGUGUCAGAAGUAUCACUCUAGAAUGCAAACCGCAUGUGAGUGGUUGGAGGACGCUGUGGGCUUCUUGCAGCAGGCUAGUCUCGGGGUGGAUGUGGAGAACUAUGAAGAAUGCCUGAGGCAACAGGAAGACAUUAUGGCCACUGAACAAGAGUUCUUGGGUGUUCUUGAGGAGCUGGAAUCUCUGCCUCCUCAGCUAGAAAACCUGGUGAACCCUACAGCCAAAGAACAGCUUCGACUUAGCGUGGAAUCUGCACAGCAGAGAGGAGUAGAGGUCAGGGACCAGCUACAGUGCCAUCAAGAUGUCUUAAACAGCUGUGUUGCCCAGUGGAAUACAUAUCAGGAAGCCAGACAGACCGUCAUUGAACUGAUGAAUGAGGCAGAGAAGAAACUAACUGAAUUUUCCACAGCUAAGGCUGCAACCAACCAAGAAGCUGAGGAGAAACUCAGGAGUCAUAAGUCUCUGGUUUCCAUGGUAAGCAGUUUUCAGGAAAAGCUGACCGGUUUGGAGGAACAGGCGUCUCAGUUGGAGCAGAUUGGCAGUGAUGCCAGUAAAGCCACUAUAAGUCGAUCCAUGACCACGGUUUGGCAGCGCUGGACCAGGUUACGCAGUGUAGCACGAGGUCAAGAGAGGGUUUUGGAGGACACGGCUCAUGAAUGGAGGACUUUUCGGGAGAAGAUGAUGAAGUUCAGAGCUGCAGCAGAAGAGCUGAAGAACCGUGUACCUGAAUGCACCGCUGAGAAAGCCUCCAAAGCAACACUGCAGUCACAUCUGGAUCAGUAUGAACUGGUCAGUCAGGACUUGGAGAGGGAGAUAUCUUCUCUAACUCUCUUACGACAGUAUGCCCUGAGCCUGCUUCAUGAUGUGGAGGUGUCUGUAGCAUCGGCUGAUCAUGAGCAAUUGCCAAGUAUGAAGGAAAUCAAAGUCGUCCAAGAUCAGCUGGAGAGUCUCCUGCAGAAGGCAAGGGCAGGAAAGAGUCGAGUUCAACAGGAGCUGUCAGACAGGGAGGGUGUGGAGAAAGGAUUGAGUCUGGUUAAGAGCUGGAUCCAGGACUCCAGGGAGCUUCUGCUGAACCCCACAUCUGAUUUGGACAUUCUAACACAAGAACUGGAGGUUAUGCAUGGGGAGCUGAUAACUCACCGUCAGAAUGUGGACAAACUUGCAGAACAGCAACAGAGUAAAUACUUGGACCUGUACACUAUACUUCCAUCAGAGAUCUCUAUGCAACUGGCUGAAGUGUCCCUGGCUCUGGGGUCCAUCGAGGACCAGGUUCAAGCCAAAGAGAGAGACAUCCAAAAGACCAGAGUUAUCAAACAGGAGUUCAGUUCCAGAAUUCAUGAUGUGUCUGAAAAAAUGAAGGCCAUUUCAUCAGCUCUGAAGGAAAGAGCCACUGACAUCGAUCAGGCUAAAGAUGAGGCCAGACAUUUUUGUGAUGAACUUGACGUCUGUGGUAGAACGCUAGCCGAGCUCGAUGCCGCGGUGCAGGACUUUGGUCGUCGUAACCCUCUCAUAGCCAGACAGCUGGCUGACGCAAUCGUCAAGUUACGAGAAAUCCAUCAUCACACGCUUCGCCUGGCAGAGUAUAAAAGUAUAUGGCUGAAAAAAGCUGAAGCACAUCUAGAUGAAUACAAUGAGAUGUUUGAGUUCAUAGUCAAGUGGACAGACAAAGCCAGGAGUCUGGAGAAGGCCAACAUCAUCUGGAACUCAUCUUCUCAUCUGCACGAGCAAAUCAGAAUGUAUCAGUCUGUUCUGCGUGAGUCGCAUGAGCUCCACGGUGACCUGGAUGCCAUGCAGGAGAAGGUGGAGAUCCUCUCUGAGACACUGCAGGUCGAGGCCAUGGGACAGCAGGUGUCAGAACUGAGCCGUCACACUGAGGAACUGGAGCAGAGCAUUAGAUCUCGACUCCAGAGUCUACAGGACGCAGCAAAGGACAUGGAGAGGUUGGAGGCUGAAGUGAAAGCCCUGCAUGUGUCUCUAGAGCAGGUUCAGGCCACACUCACAUCUCCAGAAAUGGCCCGACUAAGUAUUAAGGAACAACUUGCCCAGAGACAGCGUUUGCUUUUGGACAUGGAGAACUUUAAGCCACUGGUGGAGGCCGUGCAGGAGUGUCAGAGCUCUCUGAGAGUUCCCGAGGAGGUUGUCACCAGUCUGUCUAUCUGCCGAACUGCCCUAUGCCUGCAACAAGAAGCCAGUCAGCUUCAGCACACUGCCAUCCAGCAAUGCAACAUCCUGCAGGAAGCAGUGGUACAGCACGAACAGUAUGAACAGGAAGUGAAAAACCUGCAGGUCAUGAUUGAAGAUGCCCAUCGGGUCAUUCAGGAUAAACCAGUGAACACCAGCAACAUCCAAGAGCUGCAGGCUCAAAUAAACCAUCAUGAGGACCUGGUCCAGAAAAUCAAAAGCUACCAGGAGCAAAUUGCAUCCCUGAACUCCAAGUGUAAGAUGCUGACGGUGAAAGCCAAACACGCCACCACGCUCCUGACCGUGAGUGAUGCUGAGAGAGUUGAGGAACCGGACGGUGAUGCUGCUAAAAGAAAACAGAGCCAGGACUUGAUGUCUUCCGCUCGCUGUCAGUCUCUCUUGUCUCCCGUUACUGAGGAGUCCAGUGAGGAGGUCAGCGUCAGUGAGAUCUGUUCUCCUUCUUUCUGUCCGUCUCGUUCAAUCGCUAACAUUGAAGCUGUUAGUAAGACGGUACGAGGAUCUCUCAGUAGAGCUCAUGUACAGGAGUUGUACAAUCCUACUCUGGAAUCUGUGGCCAGCUUAGAUGAUCUCCAGCGGUCAUGGGAGACCCUUAAAAAUGUGAUUAGUGAAAAACAGAAGUCCCUCUACGAGGCUCUGGAGAAGCAACAGCGCUAUCAGGGAUCUCUGCAGUCCAUCUCUGCUAAAAUGGAGUCCCUUGAGGUCGUAUUAAAUGAGCCACCCAUGCACGAUUUAAGUCCCGACAGACAGAUGGUACUGCAUCAGAAUCAAAUGCAGGACAUUGUCAAAGUUCAGGGUGAUAUAGAUGAGCUUCGGUCCAGCUUUAAUGAAGAUCUGAUAUCUGAUGCUGUGGACUCAGACUCAUCCGAUCAGUUGGCCAUGCAGUCCACACUCACAGUGCUAGCAGAGAGGAUGGCUACCAUCAACAUGAAAGCAUCUGGAAAACAGCGACUUCUAGAGGAGAAACUGAAUGACCGUGUGGAGAAGCAACAGCAGGCACAGGCAUUACAGCGUUACUUGAAUCAAGCAGAUGAGCUGGACGAAUGGCUGCAGAGCACUCGUGGUGACCUCACUUCCUGUUCUCAGGACUCAAAUGAUGAGCAACUCCAACACUGCCAGAACAUGCUGCUGGAAAUCGAUGAGAAGGUCCUGGGUCUGUCUGAGCUGUCCAGACGCAGUGAAACACUUCUGAUGGAGAGCCGGCCGGAGAACAGGGAGGACGCUGAGCAGCUGGCCAGGAAACUGCACAUGGUGAAAAGCAGCCUGCUGGAGCUUCAGAGGAUGCUACAGAACAAACAGAUCAACACCAAGGAUUCUCAGCGAGAGCCUUCAGACUCCAGUGAAUCAGACUCCAGUCGCUCUCAGAGUCCAAACGUUCAGGAUUGGCUGGCUCAGGCCCGAUCCACACGCAGCCUGCAGCAACAGGACAGCCUACAGAGACAGAAGGAGCUGGAAGAGCAACUGGCAGAGCAGAAGUUGUUGCUGAGAUCUGUAGCGAGUCGUGGAGAGGAGAUCCUCACCCAGCAGUCUUCACCCGUCACUGCCAGUACAACAGAUGUCCUCUCACCUGAGCUGGAGGUGAUGGGAGACAUUCAGGCUAUAAAGAGACAGAGGAUGAAAAGAUGGCAGAGUCUGAAGAAAGACAUGAACACCAAACUACAGCUCCUUAUGAACACGCUGGAACAGGACAGCAGGCAACCGGUUUACUCCAGAACGGCUCGUGUGAAGGCCACAGCUCCAGUUUAUAAGAGAGAAGCUCAAAUCGACAAGUCCACCCUGAUGUCUCUACACAAUGGAUUCAGUCAGACAAUACAAGACAUGACCACUCAGGCGGCAGAGAGAGACGUCAUACACAUGGAGCAACAGCUUUAUACUGCAGUCACAGCUACUUCUUCUUGGGUGGAUGAUGUGGAGAACACACUGUUUUCUGGACCUGCGUUUCUAACAGAAAACGCAGAGACACAACUGUCUAGCCAUGAGACGUUAGGAAAAGAAGUGGCAGAGGUCACCAAAGAGGUCAACCAUAGUCAGGGUCUGCUAGGGGGCACUGUAGGUCUGUCUGAAGAUGAGCAGGUCGUGAUGAAGGACACCCUCGACUGUCUGACCCGCCGGUUGGGAACCCUGGACUCAGCCCUGGAGCGUCGUUGUGAUACCAUGCGGAGCAAAAUGCGCGAGCUCACCGCUUUCCAGACGGAGUUGCAGCAUUUGUUCACUGCGCUCGGUGAAAGUAAAUUCCAGAUCGUUCAGAAACUGGCGGGAAUUCUUGACCAUACGACACCUAAACAACUAGAAACUAUUGCUGAAGCAGAAGAGACGCUGAAAGACUUUGAGCACAAAAUCACAGAGCUGAAAGCCAAAGGGGCGGAGCUACAAACUGACCAAUUCUCCACCAAUGAGCUGCUGAAGCUGCAGGAUGCUUAUGAGGAGCUAGUGAUGGUCGUGGGCUCUCGAAGGAGUGGACUGAACCAGAACAUGGCCCUAAAGAAUCAGUACGAGAGAGUUCUGCAGGAUUUGAUCGAUCUGGUGGACACCGCCCAGGAUAAAAUGACCGCCGACCAGAACAUUAUCGCCAGCUCAGUAGAUGAUGUGGAAAACCUCCUAGACAAACACAAGGAGUUUUUCCAGGGCUUGGAGUGGCACAUGGUCCUGACUGAGACUUUCUACAAAAAAACAAGUGCCUUUGUUCAGCCACGCGAGCGUCAGACUUUGGAAGAGACGCUAGCUGGAGCUCAGGAUGUUCUCAAGCAAGCGCACAAGAGAGGUGUUGAGCUGGAGUAUAUAUUAGAGACGUGGAAUCGUCUAGUGUGGGAUUAUCAGACCCUGUUUCAAUUACUGGAGGUUGUGGAGGGCAGUGUGCCAACCGAAGGUCUGGUGGAAGAGACGGAAGAUGGACUUAAUGAGAGAAUCGAGCUUUAUCAAGCCCUGAAGGUCAGUCUAACAGAACAUCAGCACAAGCUACAUCAGGUGCUGGAGGACGGCAAAGAGCUUCUGUCGUAUGUGAGCUGUCCCAUUCUGGAGAACCAGCUCGCUCUUCUGGGUGAGCAUUGGUUGGACAACACCACCAAGGUCAACAAGGAGCUACAGCACCUGGACUCCACACUGAAACACUGGACCAGGUAUAAACGCGAGUCUGCCGAACUGAGUCGCUGGAUGCAAGAAGCUCAGGAACAUUUGGAUUUCUGGAAUACACAAUCCAUCACUGGUCCACAAGAAAUGGACGCUGUUAAAGACCAGCUAUCUGCUUUUCUGGAGUUCAGUAAGGAAGUAGAAGCACGCUCCAAUCUGAAGACCUCAAUACUAAAUGAAGGGAACCAGUUGCUCAGACUCAAGAAGAUGGACACUGUGUCUCUGAGGUCUGAUCUCGCCCGGCUGGACUCCCAGUGGUCUGAACUGCUCGCCCGUAUUCCUGUAGUCCAGGAGAAACUACACCAGUCUCAGAUGGAUAAGUUGGCAUCCAAUCAUACUAUCACUGAACUUGCGAACUGGAUUUCACUGAUGGAAAGAGUCAUUGAGGAAGAUGAAGAAAAUCUCAAGGGGGCGGUCGGGUCAAAGGUCAUCCAGGAGUACCUACAGCGUUACAAGGGCUUCAGAGUGGACAUCAACUGCAAACAGCUGACUGUAGAUUUUGUGAAUCAGUCAGCGGUGCAGAUCGGUGGUCAGGAGGUGGAGAGUAAAUGCAGCGAUAAGACAGAUUUCGCAGAGAAACUGGGAGCCAUGAACUGCCGCUGGCAGAUCCUUCAGACUCACAUCACAGAGAGGGUACAAUAUCUAGAGGGAUUGUUGACAACUUGGUUUGAAUAUGAAAGUAAAGUGCAGAACCUUCAGGCGUGGCUAAAUACUCAGGAGGAAAGACUCAAGAGAAAACACAGGAUUGAAAACUUGUCCUCAGUCCAGAAUGCACUCAAAGAGUGCCAGGAGAUGGAGGCGAUGAUUAAAGAGAAGGAGAGGGAGUUGGAGCGAGUGGAGGAGCAGGCGUGCGCUCUCGUCCAAAACAAGACGGAUGAGGCCUGUGCUGUCGUCAUGGAGUCUCUCCAAGCCCUGAAUAACACAUGGGCAAAUCUCGACCACCAGAUCGGUCAGCUGAAGAUCGGCCUUAAGUCUGUUCAAGAGAAGUGGAGUCAAUAUAAACAAGCGUCUGAGGAGAUCAACGGCCACCUGACCGAGGGGCGUUAUUCUGCAUCUCGAUAUCGUCUGCUCACAGGAUCUCUGGAGGCUGCACAGCUGCAGGUGCAAAGACUGCAGGAUCUGCAGGAGAAGCUUGAAAAACAAGAGAGCAGUCUGAGAAAGUUUGGAGCUGUUACACAUGAACUAUUAAAGGAGUGUCACCCUUGUGUUUGUGACUCGCUCAAUAACACCCUAAAAGACGUCAACGCCCGCUGGAACAGUCUGCAGGAGGAGAUUGUGGAGCGUCUGAAGAGCAGUAAGGGUCUCCUGCAGCUCUGGCAGAGAUAUAAAGAUCUUUAUGGACAGUGUGAGAACAGCGUGCAGACCUCGGAGGAGAGAGCAAACCAGCUGCUGAAGCGUGCCCGCAACAAAGACAUCACAGAAGAAGAGGUGUCCAACUGGAUUCAGGACUGCGCUGAGCUGCUGAGAUCUCAAGCUCCAGUUCAGACAUCUCUACAGGUCUUGCUGGAGCUGGGAGAGCAACUCAAACAGCAGGUGGACACGUCAGCCGCAGCCGGCAUCCAGUCUGAUCAUCUGUCGCUCGCCCAACGCCUGAGCGCUGUGGAGCAGAGUCUGAGCCGACAGCAGGCCACGCUACAGGCUGGAGUUCGAGAUUAUGAGACGUUUAAUGAGCAACUGGACUCUCUGUCUCGCUGGAUUGUGGAGGCCGAAGAGGUUCUGGAAAGUCAAGAUCCCAACGGUUCAACGGACCAGUCGUUGAUCAGAGAUCGCAUGGAGGAACUGAAGAAACAAAUGCUGAAGUUUAGCGGUAUGGCUCCUGAUCUGGAGCGCUUGAAUGAACUUGGUUACAGACUUCCUCUCAAUGAUUCUGAGAUCAAACGCAUGCAGAACCUGAACAGAAACUGGUCUAACACCUCAUCUCAAACCACAGAAAGAUUCAGCAAACUCCAGGCCUUGCUACUCCAGCAGCAGACCUUUCUGGAGAAGUGCGAGACCUGGAUGGAGUUCCUGGUGCAGACGGAGGAGAAACUGGCCGUGGAGAUUUCCGGAAACUUCCAGAGCCUUUUGGAACAGCAGAGGACUCAUGAGCUGUUUCAGGCAGAGAUGUUCAGCAGACAGCAGAUCCUUCAUUCAAUUAUCAGUGAUGGACAGCGUAUGCUGGAGCAGGGAGAGGUGGACGACAGAGAUGAGUUCAGGAUGAAGUUGUCUCUGCUCAGUAACCAGUGGCAGGGUGUGGUGAGACGCGCUCAACAGCGGAAGGGAAUUAUAGACGGUCUCCUGCGUCAGUGGCAACGUUACAGAGAGAUGGUGGAGAAGCUCAGAAAGUGGCUGGUUGAGGUUUCUCAUCAGGCCGAGACUUGGCGAACAGGAGCGCCUGUUCCUCUGCAGCAGGCCCGAGCAAUGCUGGACGCUGUACAGCUGAGAGAGAAGGUUCUGCUGAGACAGCAGGGCAGUUAUAUCCUAACGGUGGAGGCAGGGAGACAGCUGCUCCUGUCUGCAGACUCACGGGCCGAAGCCUCCUUGCAGGAGGAGCUGAUGAACAUACAAGAGCGCUGGAGACUCGCUAACACCCGUCUGGAGGAGCAGAAGAAAGAGCUGUCUGUCCUUCUCAGGGACUGGGAGAGAUGUGAGAAGGGGAUCGGAGGAUCUCUGGAGAAACUGAGAGCUUUUAAACGUCAACUCUCUCAACCGCUGCCAGAUCACCAUGAGGAGCUUCAGUCUGAACAGAUGCGAUGCAAGGACCUGGAGAGCAUGUUUGAUGGAUGGAAGGAAGAUCUUACUCACCUGACGGUGUUGAGAGAGUCUCUGUCGAGUUACAUCAGUCCUGAGGAUCUGUGUGUACUGCAGGAGCGAAUUGAGCUCUUACAUCGACAGUGGGAGGAGAUCUGUCAUCAGUUGUGUCUGCGCAGGCAGCAGGUGAGCGAGAAGCUGAAUGAAUGGGCGAUCUUCAAUGGCAAAUAUAAGGAGCUGUGCGAUUGGUUGACUCGCAUGGAAAGUAAAGUUUCCAAAAAUGGAGACGUCAGCAUAGAAGAGAUGAUUGAGAAACUGAGAAAGGAUUAUCAGGAGGAGGUUACAGCUGCAGAGGAGAACAAAUAUGAGCUCCAGGAGCUCGGGGAGCGUUUAGCUCGAGCGAGCCAUGAAAGCAAAGCCUCCGACAUCGAACACAAACUUGGCAAAGUCAAUGAGCGCUGGCAGCACCUGCUGGACCUCAUAGGAGCCAGGGUGAAGAAGCUUCGGGAGACUCUGGUCGCCGUACAACAGCUGGAUAAGAACAUGAGUAACCUGCGCUCCUGGCUCACCCACAUCGAGACCGAGCUGUCCCGCCCCAUCAUCUAUGACACCUGUGACUACCAGGAGAUCCAGAGAAAACUGGACCUGCAGCAGGAGCUUCAGAAAGACAUCGAGAAGCACAGCACAGGUGUGGCAUCUGUACUGAACCUGUGUGAGGUUUUGCUGCACGACUGUGACGCCUGUGCUACGGACGUGGAGUGUGACUCCAUCCAACAAGCCACGCGCACCCUGGACCGCCGCUGGAGAACCAUCUGUGCCAUGUCUAUGGAGAGGAGACUCAAGAUUGAGGAGACGUGGCGUCUGUGGCAGAAGUUUCUGGAUGAUUUCUCUCGGUUUGAUGAGUGGCUCCUGACGUCGGAGAAGACCGCAGCACUGUCCAACUCCUCCGGUGUCCUCUACACCGUCGCCAAAGAAGAGCUGAAGAGGUUUGAGACUUUCCAGCGGCAGGUGCAUGAAGGUUUGACACAGCUGGAGCUGAUCAGUAAACAAUAUCAACGUCUGGCACGUGAGAAUCGCACCGAUACAGCAUGCAGCCUACGAGAGAUGGCACAUAACGCCAACCAGCGCUGGGAUAACCUGCAGAGGCGCGUGGCGUCUGUCCUACGCCGACUGAAGCACUUCAUAAGUCAGCGUGAGGAGUUUGAGGCGGCGAGAGACUCUAUCCUGGUGUGGCUGACCGAGAUGGACCUGCAAUUAACAAACAUUGAGCAUUUCGCUGAAUGUGACGUCCAAGACAAAAUCAAACAGCUGAGGGUCUUUCAACAGGAGAUCAGUCUGAACACAACUAAGAUCGAUCACAUAUUCCAGCAGGGUGAAGCUCUGUUAGAAAAGAGCGAGCCGAUAGACGCUGCCGUGAUCGAAGAGGAGCUUGAGGAACUACAGCGCUACUGUCAGGAAGUGUUCGGACGUGUGGAGCGUUACUACAAGAAACUUAUACGAUUACCGUUGACGGACGAGCAUGACGUAUCGUAUUCCGACCGUGAGUUUGAUCUGGACGAAUCGGCUGACGUCUCCAGUUUUCCAUGGAGCGAGCGUUUGGGAGAUGGCCUGUAUUCCCCUCUGCCGUCCUCCAGUCGCUCGGCGUCGCUGGCCGUCCCUCUGCGCACCGAACGCUCGGGCCGGGACACUCCAGCCAGCGUGGACUCCAUUCCUCUGGAGUGGGACCAUGAUUACGACCUGAGCCGUGGACUGGAGAGCGCCAGCAGAGCCUUGUCCUCUGAGACGGGAGAUCAAGGAGAAGAUGAAUACCUGCAGGGCUCGGCAUCGGCACUUUCAGAUGUAGUGAUUCCCGAGAGUCCUGAAGCGUAUCUAAAGCUCACUGAACAAACGCUGAGAUCCAGCGCUGGUGACAGCGGCUCUCUGGACACUCACAUCAGACAGCUGGACAAAGCUCUCAACACAAGUCGCUUUCAUCUGCAGCAAACCGAAAACAUCAUCCGCAGUCGAACUCCCACUGGCCCGGAGCUGGACACCACUUACAUGGGAUAUAUGCGCCUGUUGGAGGAAUGUCGUGGCAGUAUAGAUGCGGUAAAGCGUGUGGGAUUUAGCUUGAAAGAUGAUGAGGACACAGCAUCAGGUCUCGCUGACCCCAACAGCUCAGAGUCCCAAACCUCAGGUGUCAUCGAGCGCUGGGAGUUCCUGCAGGCUCAGGCUCUCAGUAAAGAACUGCGCAUGAAGCAGAACCUGCAACAGUGGCAGCAGUUUAACUCGGACCUGAACAACAUCUGCAGCUGGAUGGAGCAGGCAGAAGAAGAACUUGAGCAACAGCGAGGACAGGACAUCAGCACAGACCUACAGACCAUAGAGCUUCGCAUUAAGAAACUCAAGGAGUUGCAGAAAGCUCUGGAUAAGCGCAAGGCCAUCGUGCUCUCUAUAAACCUGUGCAGUGCCGAGUUUCUGAAGUCGGACGGCGAUGAGACGCGUGACCUGCAACAACGGUUGAAGGAGAUGAAUAACCGCUGGGAACAUCUGGGCAGCUCAUUGGAUGCAUGGAGGAGAUCUCUACAGGAGGCUCUGAUGCAGUGCCAGGACUUCCAUGAGAUGAGUCACGGUCUUCUCCUGUGGCUGGAGAAUAUUGAUCGCAGAAGAAAUGAGAUUGUCCCUAUUGAUCAAACUCAGGACAUCGAUACUUUACAGGAACAUCAUAAAACACUUUUGAUAAUCCGUCGGGAGUUGUUGGACACGCAGUUGAAGGUGGCGUCUCUGCAGGACAUGUCUUUACAGCUGCUGGUUCAUUCGGAGGGCACAGACUGUCUGGAAGCCAAGGAGAAGGUUCACGUCAUCGGGAACCGUCUCAAGAUUUUGCUGAAAGAGGUGACGCGAGACAUUCGAGAGCUGCAGAAGACACUGGACAUCACCAGCAGCCAGCAGGACUUAUCAUCCUGGUCAUCCACUGAUGAUUUGGAUACAUCAGGGUCCCUGAGCCCCGUGUCUGGACGCAGCACUCCCAGUCGCCAUCGAUCGCCACGGGGCAAAAGUAGUCUGUCACAGCCCGGAGCCUCUGUGAGCAGUCCACUUCUCAGGUCUCCCAGCGCCGCUGGAUCCGGUUCCUCCCGUUCUGAAGAGGAAGAACCAUCAUCCUGGUGCAGACGGUUCCUGAAGCGAGUCCUGUGGGCCGCCCUGCCCCUGCAGCUCCUGCUGCUCCUGCUGGUGGGCGUGGCCUGCCUCGUACCCACGGCCGAUGAAGACUACGGCUGCGCCCAACUCAACAACUUUGCCCGCUCCUUCCACCCCAUGCUCAGCUACACCAACGGCCCCCCGCCCAUAUGAGCUUCAUUUAUGGGUACAAAUGGCAGCUCGGCUGUGGCCAUCCUUGUGUUUCUCUGCCAUUUUCAAUGGAUGGGCAGCCAAAGUGAAUUACUAUUGUGUCCUUGUAUAGCGAAACAAAGCUGCUAAUUUUACAGUACAUCAAAGAGUCUUGUGUAGAUGUUUGACUGAAACCUAUUGCACUGAGAAACCCAUGUUAGGCAGUGAGGCGGGUUGUUUUUAUAGUGCUGCAAAUGUUCUUCCAAAACCGUUUAAGACAACGUUGGAUAGUUAUUAAUGCUGUUCAAUGCUAAACACUGGUAGUGUCGAAAGCACUGAAUAGGUAAUCGGGUCUCAAGGCCUUUUAAAAUCAUGGAUAUUGAGAAUUAUAGUAUUCAUAUAGAAUCACUUGUAAAAAAAAUGAUGAACUCUAUAUUGCAAUUAUUUUUUAUAUGUAUUUUUGGCAUGUGGUCAUCGUUUUGGUUUUAAAAUGCUCAUUUAUUUUAUUGGAUUUUUCUUUUGAUUCAUUUUUAAGUUUUGAUUUUAACUUACCUGCUGUAUUAUUCAAGUUAACCGUGUCAUGAAUAUACUUUCAUCUAUAUAAACCACUGAUAUCAGAGAUAAAAGUAUUUAUGUAUGUACAGUUUGAUCAGGACACAGAACCUGAAGCAAAGACAAUACACAAAAUAUACAAAUAACCGCCUGAAUGGUGUUUUUCAUUUAAAUUCAA